ACAGAGCAGCUGGCUGGCAUCAGGACAGGACAGGCCGCUCGCGAGAGAAGGAGAGCUGGAGGACGACCGCUGCAGGACGCUGAGGCUGACUUCCAGGAGGUGUUCAUGGGAUGCACUAUCUACGCAGCCAGCCCUAAGGCCCUGCCCGCCGACGAGGCCCCCGGCCAGGACCACUACUACCCGCUGCCCCACUACCGCCACCCCCAUGGUAACUGCAGCCAGAGGAUAGCCGCCAGCAGAGCCAGGGCGAGGAGCAUGACCGAGCAGCAGGAGCCCAGCGAGGAGACGGGCCUGAUCCCCACUCAGGACCUGGAGCCCGCCAAGGACGAGGACACGCACGGCCACUUCAGGUUCAUUGAAGACUUGUCUUACGAAGACGUGAAAAAAUGUUACCGGGGCUCGACUGUCAGCAAGUACAACUCGCAGUAUCACAAACUGUUCGCCUGCGUGCCGAAGGAUGAGAUCCUCAUGAAAGUAUACUCCUGUGCUCUCCUCAGAGAUAUCCUUCUCCAAGGCCGGCUCUACAUUUCCAGAAACUGGCUCUGUUUCUAUGCCAACCUCUUCGGCAAGGACAUCAAGGUGGCCAUCCCGGUGGUUUCCGUCCGGCUGGUGAAGAAGCACAAGACAGCCGGCCUGGUGCCAAACGGCUUGGCCAUCACCACAGACACGGGCCAGAAGUAUGUAUUUGUGUCGCUGCUGUCACGGGACAGCGUGUACGACGUCCUGCGCAGGAUCUGCACACACCUGCAGGUCAACGGCAAGAGCCUGAGCCUGAAGCAGUUCAUGGAGGAGCCCACUCUGUCGCUGGACGAGUUCCCAGCUCCGGACGAGUUCCCGGCGGUGGACGAAUUCCCGUCAGUGUUAAAGUGGAGGCGGAAACCCUCGGUGGUGUCGGUGUCCUCCUCCCUUCCUGACCUGCUGGGAAACUCCACCAGCAGCCUGAGCGCCGCAGACACGCCCUUCAAAUCAGAGCAGCCGCUGGAAGAGCGAGCGCUGCAGACGGACAGAGGUCUUCUAUCAGAGCCGGUGGCAGAGCUGGGCCAGAUGGAGUACCAGCUGCUCAAGUUCUUCACCCUGCUGAUCAUCCUCCUCAUCCUGUCCUCCUGCUAUCUGGCCUUUCGCGUGUGCAGCCUGGAGCAGCAGCUGUCGUUCCUCAGUAACCCAAAUCUGCCCCUGAGAGAGAGGUAGCCUCUGGACCCGCUGCUGCUCUCUGAUGGUGCAGGACCAGCUCAGAGCUCAGAGCCAUCAUCAACCCGCCACAGCCAGCCGGGGGGGCGGCGGGGGGGACACCUCCACCCCCUCCCUCCCCACCCGACUCCAGCCUCCCACUGAGGAACCACUGAUCACUUCCGAACUAUGCAAACGGACUGUGUCUAUUUAUUUCUGAUGAGAAUGUAGGUUUUCCUCCUUCUCAUUUCAUCAUUAACCACG